CUCACCUUUCACGGAGGGCUUUUUCAGCGGAGGUGUCUCGCUCUUGCUUGCUACCCGCGUCGUUGAUUCCCCUCUUUCUUCCCAACCACAUCGAUACCUCUGAUUUUUCCGGAGCCCUCAGGCUUUGCCCGGAGCUGCGAAUUUGUCGCAAUGUACAAUCCUUACCAACCCCCUGGCCUCUAUGGCAGGCCCCCGGAGUAUGGAAGUUAUCCGGGAGCACCUCCAGGCAUGGCUCCUCCCCCCGGGAUGGUCGCCCCUGGAACCACUCCGCCCCCCGGCAUGCAGCCGGCGAACGCUCAACAGCCUGGUCGACCUGGCGGCUUCCCUGCGAACUUCCAACCCCCUGCGAACAUGCCGAACAUCAACUUCUCCGCCCCCGUCAUUCGCCUCGGAACCUCGGGUCCCGCGAAGUCGGCUACCCCGGACAUGAACAAGGAGCGUGGAAGCGAGGGUCCUGGAAGGCGGGCCGGUCUGGGAUCGAACAUAGAAUCCCAGCGCCAGAAUGUGCGCGAGGCGAUGAUGCAGCUGCAGCCUCCUACGCGGGAUGAGAUCGUCAGGACGCUCUUUGUGGGUGGAAUCACAGAGGGACUGGGUGGCGAUGACGGCGUGGAGAGGAUUCUGCGCUCUGCGGGACAUCUCCGACGUUGGAUCCGCGCCACGGAUGCGGACGAGAAGCCGUGCAAGUUUGGGUUUGCAGAGUACGAGGACCCCGAAAGUCUAGGUACUGCGGUUGAAGUACUAAAGGACGUGCAAGUGCCUGUGAAGAGACAGACGCCGUCCGAGGGGGAUGCCAAGGAAGAGACCGAGGCGGAGAAGAGCACAUUACUGGUUAUUGUCGAUGAAAGCUCUCUGAAGUACUUGGAGCAGUUCGAAGCCAGCAAAGGUGAACAAGACCCUGCCGAGCGUCAAUCACGGAUAGAGGCUGCGCGCAGUACUCUUUCUGCUGUCCUGUCUGACUUGUUCCAUCCAUCCUCACCUACCCAGAAGGAAGAUGCGUCGGCGAUUGACCGCGAGGGCGAUAUCUCGAUGGCGGACGCGGAUGGCCAGAACGACGGGUCGGCGGAGGUUGUCACCAUCCCUAUCACAGUGGAGGAUGAGCUCUCCGACAUCCCCCCCGAGAUGAGAGAAACCGUCGCGAAGGAGAUCUCCGCCUUCCGUGAACGCAGCAACCGUCGGGAUAUUGAGCGUCUGAAGCGGGAAGAAGAGAUCGAGUCCAUGGAGAGAGCACGGAAUGCCGGCUCGCGCAUGAACCGACUGGCCUCCCCUCCCCCGUCCGCGCCCAGUGGACCUGCUGCUGGUGCCAACGGGGUUCCCCUUGGCCCUCGGGAUCGCAACAUGUCGAAUGCGCCUUCGGGACCCAAGGGCUUCGGCGUACAGGUUCCUAAGGACUACCAAAAGGGCGUCUCUUUCGUCAACGGGGGCUCUAUGAACGGAGCCACUACGGCUUACUUUGACCGCGAGGAGGACGAGUCGGAUGCUAGCGAUGAGGAGCUGGAGCGUCGCCGCCAGGAGAAGAGGGAUGCCGACCUGGAAAAGCAAUUCCUGGAUCAAGAACGGCGCUGGCUGAACCGCGAACGAAGCCGAACCGCUGCCUUGGAGCGUGAAAAGAAGAGAGACAAGGAAGAGGAGGCCAGGGUGCAGGAAGUGCAGGAGGAGAUGGACAAGCGGUACCGAGAGUGGAACGACGACACCGAGGCCAGUCGCAAGAUCGACGACUACUAUGCCGAUCGGGGUGCAUGGCUCCGCAGCCGGGCAGCUUUCCGGUCCCGGGAGGUCAGCAUGGACGAGGCGGAUCGUGCGGCGGAAGAGCGCGAACGGGCCCGGACCGCCCAGCAACGGGAGCAAGCCCGCGGCAUGGCCGACGACUUCCUUGCUCGGCAGGCGGAGGAGCUGGAGACUCGCAAGGAGGCCCCUCGGGAGCCCCAGCGCUUCAAGCUCUCCCUUGGUGCUGCGGCGCAGAAGGCUCACGCUGCCACGACCCGUCGGACCGUUGCGGAAGUGGAAGGCUUGCUCGAGGACGAGGAGGAACCCGAAGCCACCGCCCGGAGACCCCUUAUCCCGAUCAAGUUCGACAGUGCCGCCGAAGCCGCCGGCCUCACCGAGGAAGAGCGGGCGCAAGCCGCCCGUCAGCUGGCCGCAGAGAUCCCCGCGGACAAGGAGGGACUCUGGAACUGGGCGGUCAAGUGGGAGUUUGUCGACGAGACUGUGGUCAGCGAGCAGCUCAAGCCGUUUGUGGAGAAGAAGAUCGUGGAGUACCUGGGUGUCCAGGAGCAGAUGCUGGUGGAUGUGGUGGAAGAACAUGUGCGCAAGCACGGUCAACCACAGGAACUUGUGGAGCAGCUGGAGGAGGCACUGGACGAGGAGGCCGAGGUUUUGGUCCGCAAGCUGUGGCGGAUGAUCAUCUUCUUCUCGGAGAGCGAGAAGAGAGGCCUCUCUGGCUGAGGGAAGGCUGUUUGUUCAUAGGGCUCCGAGCCGUGGGGAAAUUCCUGGGGUUGGCAGCAAUGCAGUUGCUGUCUCUAUGGCAUUGCGUUCUGGGGAUCUCUGUACCUACUAUGCAAGCGAACAAUGAUUUGAAUCUGA